ACCAUAAAAUUAAACAGAAUUUGCUUCUCUGUUAACCCACCCUCCACCUUGUAUACAUCACUCUAAUAACACUGCUGCAAGAAUGAGGUGUUUGAGAUAAAACUUGAAGAAAGCAGAAAAGCUAGUCACGCACAUAGCUGGUUUGGGAAUAAGAGUCAGAGGAUCAAAGAGCUGACAGUGAGGAGACCACCAGAGCAACGAGUGUGGGAAGGAGAGGCCAGGGACAGUCCUGGGGCAGCAGCCUGAAGAAGCAGGGGAGGGGAGGACCAGCCAGCAAAGGCGACUGAAGAAAAUGACAAGGAACGAAAGGAGCCAGUGUCGUUCCAGGAUGUGGCCGUGGACUUCUCCCAGGAGGAGUGGCAGCAGCUGGACCCUGACGAGAAAACAACCUACAGGGAUGUGAUGCUGGAGAACUACAGCCACCUGGUCUCCGUAGGGUACGAUAGCACCAAACCAAAUGUGAUCAUCAAGUUGGAGCAGGGAGAAGAGCCGUGGAUAGCAGAAGGCGACUUCCCAUGUCAGACCCACCCAAAAGUCUGGAAGGUUGAUGACAUGAUAAACAGAAUCCAAGAAAAUGAAGAUGAAUGUUCAAGGCAUGCUGUUUAUAUCAACAGCAAAACCCUGCUUGAAGAGAGAAAAAAUGCAUUUGAUAAAACUUGUAAUACAGAAACAAGCCUUGUUCCUUCAAGCAUAUCUCAUAAUUGUGUCUCAUGUGGAAAGAAUUUAGACUCUACUUCGGAAUUAAUUAUUAGUGAUGGAAGCUAUGCAAGAAAGAAAUCUGAUGAGUGUACUGAAUGUGGGAAAAUGUAUCAUGGAGAGAAACCCUAUGAAUUUGAUCAAAAUGGGGAAGGCUAUUCUCAAAAUGAAAGUAUUCUUCAGAAAAUUAAUAUUUUGGAGAAACCAUUUGAAUAUAAUGAAUGCAUGGAAGCCUUAGACAAUGAAGCCGUUUUCAUUACUCAUAAGAGAGCUUAUAUCGGGGAGAAGCCCUAUGAGUGGAAUGAUUCUGGAUCAGAGUUCCUCCAGAUGUCAAAUUUUAAUGUGUACCAGAGAUCACAGUUGGAAUUGAAGCCCUUUGAAUGCAAUGAAUGUGGAAAAUCCUUCUGUAAAAAGUCAAAAUUCAUUAUACAUCAGAGGGCUCACACAGGAGAGAAACCUUAUGAAUGUAAUGUAUGUGGGAAAUCCUUUAGCCAAAAGGGAACUCUCACUGUACAUCGGAGAUCACACUUGGAGGAGAAGCCCUAUAAGUGUAACGAAUGUGGAAAAACCUUCUGUCAGAAGUUACAUCUCACUCAGCAUCUGAGAACUCAUUCAGGAGAGAAACCCUAUGAAUGUAAUGAAUGUGGGAAAACCUUCUGCCAGAAGACACAUCUCACUCUACACCAGAGAAAUCAUUCAGGAGAGAGACCGUAUCCAUGUAACGAAUGUGGUAAAUCCUUCUCCCGCAAGUCAGCCCUCAGUGACCAUCAGAGAACACACACGGGAGAGAAACUUUAUAAAUGUAAUGACUGUGGGAAAUCCUACUACCGAAAAUCUACCCUUAUUACACAUCAGAGAACACACACAGGAGAGAAACCCUAUCAGUGUAGUGAGUGUGGAAAAUUUUUUUCUCGGGUGUCAUAUCUCACUAUACAUUAUAGAAGUCAUUUAGAAGAGAAACCCUAUGAAUGUAAUGUAUGUGGCAAAACCUUCAAUUUAAAUUCAGCCUUCAUUAGACAUCGGAAAGUACACACAGAUGAGAAACCCCAUGAAUGUAGUGAGUGUGGAAAGUUCUCCCAGUUCUCCUAUCUCACUGACCAUCAUACUACUCCUUUAGGAGAGAAACCCUAUGAAUGUAAUGAAUGUGGGAAAACCUUCCUGGAAAAUUCAGCCUUCGAUGGGCACCAGUCACUUCCAAAAGGGGAGAAAUCCUAUGAAUGUAAUAUAUGUGGAAAAUUGUUCUCUGAGUUGUCAUAUUACACUAUACAUUAUAGAAGUCAUUCAGAAGAGAAGCCCUAUGGAUGUAACGAAUGUGGGAAAACCUUCUCCCAUAAUUCAUCCCUCUUUAGACAUCAGAGAGUGCACACAGGAGAGAAACCCUAUGAGUGUUAUGAAUGUGGAAAGUUCUUCUCUCAGAAGUCGUAUCUCACUAUACAUCAUCGAAUUCAUUCAGGAGAGAAGCCCUAUGAAUGUAGUAAAUGUGGAAAAGUCUUCUCUCGGAUGUCAAACCUCACUGUCCACUACAGAAGCCAUUCAGGAGAGAAACCCUAUGAAUGUAAUGAAUGUGGGAAAGUCUUUUCUCAGAAGUCAUACCUCACUGUACAUUACAGAACUCAUUCAGGAGAGAAGCCCUAUGAAUGUAAUGAAUGUGGUAAAAAAUUCCACCACAGGUCAGCCUUCAAUAGCCAUCAGAGAAUCCAUAGGAGAGGAAAUAGAAAUGUACUUGAUGUGGAAAAUCUCCUGUGAAGUCAAGUGUCAUUUUAGAAAAUCCUCUGAAUAUAAAUGAUUUGGUGUCAAAUAUCAUGGUCUGAGAGUUCAUGUUUCUGAAGGGGGGAAAGCAUUUAGGCAUUAGAUUCAUUUUAAUCUGAAUUUUCACAGAGAAGAAUCCCUCAGAAUGCAGUGAGAAGCAAAGCCUUCAGCAAGACCCUACAACUCAUUGGAUACUAGAUUAUACAGUAGUGAAACUUGAUAAAUAUUUAAUGUUUAUUUUGGAUUCAAGUUGUAUUUACAUAUCAGGGAAUCAUACCAACGUGAAAUCUGUUAAAGUGAUAAAUGUGGAAAAAUAUAUUGUCUUGCAAAUGUUAUACUAAAAGCCAUAUUUCUGAUGUAAAAUCACGUUUAUAAAAAGAUAUCAGAAGCUGUCAGCUCUGAAUAAACCUUCAUUGUAUAAUGAAGCUUUCAAAUCAUCAGGAUUUGAUAAUGAGGUCAGUAGCAUUAAAUACACAUAUGGAAGUUUCCAUCAGGUUUUAAAAAUGCAAUCUAACAAUAAUUGUAUGCAGUUCUAUGCAAGUUUGGAUUUGAAUAAUUUGUGAAAAGGCAGUAUUCUUAUUUGAGUAUUAAGAUGGCAAAAUGUACCAACCCAGGUCAUAGUGCUGACAUGAUGUUUGACAGGUACAAAGUAAAAUACAUAAUUUUCUAUUCUUUAGAGGCAUUUACAAAUGGGUUUCUAAUAAAUGUCUCAUCAAUAGAGAAACCAGUGACUUUUGUAUUUUCCAACUACAUUUGAGCAAAAAAUAUUUUAAAAUAUACUAUUUUCAUAAGCUAUGCAUAAUUUGGAAUUAAGUUUGUUUCAAUGAAAAAGGACAUCUGUACCUUUAAUACUUUAAAAUAUGCCCAGCUCAUACCACUUUUGUUUUUAAUCCAUAAGUUUGAGUGUGCAGUGUGCCAAUAUUAUGUAAUUCAGAAAUUUUAUCUGUACUUUUAUAUUAGUACAAUGUCAUUAUUUUGUACACUGCCCCUUAUUUCCAGUAUUUUGGAACAAAUUAAUACAUGUUUCUAGCAGACAUUUUUGGUUGAUUAACUCAAUGCCCUUUCUCCCCUCUUUCCAUACUGAAAGAGUUUGAGUGUCUGUCAUUUCUUCACAUGACUCAGAGUAAACCCUGAUUAGUCUAAACCAAUCAUGAUAAUUCCAUUCUGAUUGCCAGUAACUCUUUUAUAAUGUGCACAUGGCCCAAUCCUGGGCAAACAAAAGUGAUCAAAUAUGUCUUACUCCAGUAAUGCGAGGAUGUUUUAAUAAUCAAAAAUCAAUCAUGAACAUAUCACAUGAAGAAAAGUAGCCUGGUGGGCAGGAAGUUAAUAUGGUAAAGUCACCAUCCAUUUAUGUUCUUAGCAAACUGGAUAGAAAGGAACUUCUUUCAUUGGGUGAAAAGUAUCUUAAACUACAAACAACAGCAUACCUAAUGGUGAAAUAGUGAAGGUUUCCUCCCAAGAUCAAAAAAAUAGACAAGGAUAUUUACUAUCACUAACCAGUAUUGUGUAGGAGGACCUAGCCAGAAAAGUAAGGGGAAAAAAGGAAUCAAAAGGCAUAAGGAUCAGAAAGACGUAAAGCUUUUCUUUGCAGAUGACAUGAUUUUGUACAUAGAAAAUUCUGAGGAAUAUACCAAUAAUUAGAAUUAAUGAGUAAAUUUAGCAGGGUCCCUUUAUACAAGUUCAUUAUGAAGAAUUUUUUUUAAUAUACCAGCAAUGAUAAUGAAAAAUGAAAGUAUCAAAAGCAAUACUACUUACAGUAGCAUGAAAAAUCCUCAAGUGCCUAGGAGAAAAAUUAUCUAACCAUAUUUUCAAGAAUUAUGUCCAGAAAAAACAAUUACAAAACUGAGAGGGACAUAUCUAGUUCUUGGAUUCCAGGACAAUCUUAAAAAGAUGUCAGUUUUCCCCAAAUUAAUUCAUAUAUUCAAUGCAAUAUUAAAGUCCUAGCAGUUCUUUAAAAUUUAGCUAAUUCUGAAAUUUAUGUAAAAAUUCAAAAGACCGAUAAUAGUCAAAGCUAUCUUCUAGAAUCAAUAGCAAGAGGACCUAAUAUUGCCAGAUAUCAAGACCGGUUAUAAAGCCAUAGAAGUUAUGAUGGUGUAGUAUUGACACAGAGAUAAAUUGACCAGUGGAACAGAAUAUAGAAUUCAGAAACACCCAUACAUCAUAACAUCAGUUGAUCUCUUUAUGAAGAUGACAAUGCAGUAUAAUGGGGGAAACGAAGUUCUUUCCAAUAAAUGUGCUGUUAAAUUAUAUUUCAUAAUAGAACAUCGGAAAAUCAACUGAGAUGAGUUGCAGAUCUAUAUAUGAAAUGUAAAGUAGUAAAACUAUAAGGAAACUUAGAGGAGAGUGUAACCUUACGCUAAACAAAAUUUUCUUAAGAUUCGAAAAGCACCAAACCAUAAAACGUUAAUUUGGAUAUGUUAGAUUUUAAAACUUCUGUUUAUCAAAAAGACCCAUUAAGAAAUCAAAUAGGCAAACCACAGAGGGGGAGGAGAUACUUGCAGUUCAUACACAUGACUGCACACUUGAGUGUAGAGGGGCUGGUGUUUCGGAGAAGUGGCCAGAUAGUAUUUUGGGCUUUGCAGGCUAGAGAGUCUGUCACAGUUACUCACUUGGCUACCGUAUGGUGAAAGCCAUAAACAAAAACAGAUGAACGUGGCUAUGUCCCAGUCACACUUCACAAGCACAGAUGGCAGUCUGGAUAUGGCCUGCAGGCCAUAGUUGGUGACCCCAGAUAUAAAAUAUAAAAAGAACACCUGCAAAUCAAAAACAUAGAAAAUGGGCAAAAGACCUGGAUACCCACUUCACAAAAGAGGAUAGCCAGAUAGCCAGCAAACAUGAAAAGGUAUAUUAAUUUAUUAGUAAUCAAGAAAAUGCAAAAAUUUAAAAUACCAUGUGGUACUUCUACCCAUCCACUGAAAUGGUUAGAAUGAAAAAGCAUCCAGUUUGGGCAAGUUUAAGCAAGAGGAAGUUGACGCUGCUGAUGGUGGUGCUGAUUGAUAGAACCAUUGUGGAAACCUGGUACUAACAGUUGAACAUGUGGAUACCCUUUUAACCCAAACCUAGCAGAAAUGAUAUGUCUACCAUGCAUGUUUACGAUCACCAAAGGACAUGUGCUAGAACAUUCAUGUCGUAAAUCUGCAGAAACCAGAACUAAAUGAAGGUGUGUAUGCAGUGCAGUGAAUGAACCUAAGUGGAAUGUUUCCACUAUAGAAUGCUGUAAAGCAGGCCGGCCGAGUGGCUCAGUUGGUUAAGAGCUCGCUCAAGAGUGUGAGCUCUGAGGAACAGCAGUUCGAUUCCCGGCCCGGGCUGAGCUGCCAACAGGUGGCAGGAUGGCUCAGCUUUAAAAAAAAAGAAUGCUGUAAAGCAAAGAGAAUGAACAAACACUAAGAGCUCAAUCCAGACAAAAACACCUUGUAUGAUUCCAUGUACACACAGUGUAAGAACAGGCAAAACUUGUCUAUGCAGCUAGAGGUCAGGACAGCGCUUAGCCUUGGCAAAGGCUGGAAAGGGCAUUUAACUGGUGCUGAUAAUACACUUCCUAAACCUGGGUGCUGAAUAUCUCAAGUGUUCUGUGCACUUAAGGUAUGUGUGUUUUUCUGCAUGUAAUACUUUCAUAAGUUUUUUAAAAUUACAGAUGUCAACCAUUUUUGUUGCUCAGCACUCUUGCCAUAUUUUUCUAGAUGUGUAUAAAUAUGCUGUGUAACAGAAAUUAAAUGGUAGAUUUUGCAUAAUUCUGUGCGGGAAAUACUCUAGUGGUUUUAAUGGCAACUACUAAGAUUUCCUACACUGUGAUCUUAAAACAAUAUAAUGUAUAUUUUAAGUAAAAUAUUUGAAAGGUGGUGGGGCCAUUACAUGUUUUGUCACCCUACCCUUUUGCAUAUAUAAAUGGGUCUGAACUGCCUCUUCAAUAAAGAACUAAUGUGUAUAAACAUUU